CAUGUUCUCGCACGCCCCGCCCCAUCUCCCCCACCAGCACCAGCACCAUCCUCUCCAGCACCAGUCUCUGCACCGCCCCCCGACGGCCCCCUCCACCCCGGACACGGAGCACUCCACCCACACGUGGGCGCCCACGCCGAGCUUCCCCCAGCACAUGAGCCAGCAGCUCCAGCCGGCGUCAAACAUCCCCGCCUACCUCUUCGACAGGCGCCAGUUCCCCUACUCGGCGCCCUCCGCAGACGCCACGAGGCAGAAUGCUGCACACACCCCCCAGAUAGCAGCAGCCCAGUCGACCACGCCGGGCGCAUCCGCCUCUGGCCCACUGCUCCCGCAAAAUCUCGCCCAACACCUGAACAAUCCGCCACCGCCCACCGGCUCCCAGCAGUCCAUCAACCCGCCCAUGCAGACCCAGGCUGGACCUGGCACCGGUAGCGUCGCUGGCGCUGCGGCCGGAGGCAAGGUUCUUCUGAUGCCCAACGGCGCGCCGCCCCCUGCAGGGAGCGACGAGGAGAAGAUCUACAUCCUCAUCACCGAGUUGCUUGAGCCAGAAACACGGGAGGCAGCGCUUUUGGAAUUGAGCAAAAAGAGAGAGCUUUACGAAGAUUUGGCAUUGGUCCUUUGGGGCGGUUUUGGUAUCAUGAGCUCCCUGCUGCUCGAGAUCGUCGCCGUCUAUCCAGCUCUUUCCCCGCCAUCCUUGACGGCGCAUGCUUCCAACCGGGUAUGCAAUGCGCUCGCUCUCCUUCAGUGUGUCGCGAGCCAUUCCGACACAAGAGCACUGUUCUUAAAUGCGCACAUUCCCCUGUUUUUAUAUCCCUUUCUCAACACGACCAGUAAAACCCGACCGUUUGAGUAUCUUCGAUUAACAUCAUUGGGCGUUAUCGGUGCUCUCGUCAAACAAAAUGACAACUCGGAUGUCAUCAACUUCCUUCUCUCUACCGAAAUCAUUCCUCUGUGUCUCAGAAUAAUGGAAACUGGCUCGGAACUUUCCAAGACUGUGGCCAUCUUUAUCGUUCAAAAGAUCCUCGCAGAUGAUUUGGGAUUACAAUAUAUCUGCCAAACGUAUGAGAGAUUUUAUGCGGUUGGGACAGUGUUGGCCAACAUGGUGGACGCUCUUGUGGAGAGUCAGGCGGUUCGUUUGUUAAAGCAUGUGGUUAGAUGUUAUUUGAGGAUGAGUGACAACCCCAGGGCAAGAGAGGCUCUUCGUGCCUGCCUUCCAAAGGCUUUGCAGGAUAACACCUUCAACCCCCUUCUCAAGGGCGAUAUGGUUACCAAGCGAUGCCUUCAGACCCUCUUAAUGAAUCUCAACGAGCGGCCCUCUUCUGACAUUCAAUAAGCAAUCCACCUUGUUUAACACCUAUUUAGGUCGUUUACUACCACAAAAAUGGCGCAUUGGCAAGAGCGCGCCACGGCACUUUGCAUCAACCUCAUACGCAUUUAAAUACCAGCACUAUCAUACCCUCAAUAGCUUUGUUUGUCAUGAUCUUCCAAUUUCGAAUCAGCUUGUACUUUUCUAUCGCUACGACCAGGUACAUACAACAGUUUCUCCUUUUUUUCUUCCUUUUUAGCCAUCCCCCAUAGGGGUUGUUCACUAGUUCGUAAUUAAUCGAGUCUUUGGUCCGUUUUUCGAUUGUGAUAUGUGGUGUGAUACAUUAAUUAGAAGAUAAAGGAAGAAUAUAUAUGCAAUUUGCGUUUGUACUACCUUUUUUUG